AUGGACUCUUCAACUCUGCCGACGCAUCUUAACUAUCUGAAUGAUGCGGCUCAUCUUCUAAGGACAUCGGCUCCCGAGACCUCGGCCUAUCUAUUGAACCAUCACAACGAGCUUAUGUUCCUCAACGAUGUCGAGCAAAACGAUGUUCGACGACAACACGUCUGCGGUGCCUGCGGCCACAUCAUGAUUCCCGGUCAGGGCACAAUACUGAAGCUCGAGACCGAGAAAGCACUAAGGAGGAAGAGGCGCGAUAUCAAGUCGCGGGAUCCCAAAGUCAAGGAUGAGCCUCAGCACCGUGCUGGGACGCGAAAGCUUUUCAACUGUGGGAACUGCAGCCGAAUCACCAAGGUCUCGUUCCCCCCUCCACCACCAGUUGUGAGACGACGAGCAAAGUCUGAGCAACUCCUUGCGGCGAAGAGUCGUCAGGCUUCAACGGCUGAACCAGCAAAGCCGGCAACAUCCAACUCAAGCAGCAAGAAGCGGGCGAAGAAUCGCAAGGCCGGAUUGCAGGCUCUGUUGAGCCAAGCCAAGACGUCCUCUUCUGGGAGCAGAAAUCUGAGCCUUGCCGACUUUGGACGAAUGGGAUGA